AUGUCCCUGCCUGUCGCUUACCAGAGGGAGAUAGAAUCCCUCGAAAAUCGGAUUCGGCGCGAGAAUCCGCUCGAUAUCCUACAGUUCUGCUCCGACCAUUUCCUACGCCGUCUCGCCGACGAACGCGCCGCCUACCUGUCGCAAGGCUCCCCCUUAAUCCUGAACACGAGCGCGAUGUCGGGAACGACGUUUACGAGUCCCUUCGCGGCUAACUCGAAUCCUUUCGGCACCAACGAGCCCAAGCCUGAGGCACCCAACGGGCAGUCUGGGGACUUGCUGAAUGUGAUCGAGGAGGAUGAGGAUGACACGAUAACUUCCCCAACUACCCCGUCCUUCGGUCUGUCCAGCGCUCCCUUCCGCGGUGCGUACGGCACCGAGGGCCCGCUGGAUGGACCGCCUUCUUCGCUGAGGGCGGUGCAGAACCCGGACAACUAUCCGGCCCAGUACAACUUUGGCCGUCGCACCUCGGUCUCUGCCGAGUCCCUCAAGCCAGUAGCUGACGCCAACGACAACUGGACACCCCCGUCUUACCCAAAGUCUCUGGAGCAGCUGGACCGAUUGAAGAAGGCCAUCGAGGGGAACUUCCUGUUUAGCCACAUGGAUGACGAGCAGAAUGCCCAGAUCCUCGGGGCCCUCCAGGAGAAGCCGAUUCCGGCAAGAGAUAUCAAGGUCAUAACCCAAGGGGACGCAGGCGACUACUUUUACAUCGUCGAGAAGGGCUCGUUUGACGUGUACGUCAAUCCCAUAGGCUCGCUGCAGCCUGGCCCGGACGGGAUGGGCAGCAGAGUGAGCACCAUCAGAGCCGGAGGCUCUUUCGGAGAGCUCGCUCUGAUGUACAACGCGCCGAGAGCCGCCACGGUGGUUUCCGCCGAACCGGGUUGCACAUUAUGGGCUCUGGACCGCGUCACUUUCCGCCGGAUCUUGAUGGAGUCUACAUUUGCGCGCAGGCGCCUAUACGAGAGUUUCUUGGAAGAGGUACCUCUCCUAUCUACUCUCACCCCAUACGAGAGAUCGAAAAUCGCCGAUGCCUUAGAAACCAAGAAAUUUCCCAAGGGGUAUAAGAUCAUCAGGCAGGGCGACAUCGGAGAGUCCUUUUUCCUGUUAGAAGAUGGAGAAGCCGACGCGUACAAAGACGGCAGGCCGCAAUCCGUCAAGCAUUACAAGAAGGGUGAUUUCUUCGGCGAGCUCGCCUUGCUCGAUGAUAAGCCCCGGGCAGCAGAUGUCAUUAGCACCACGGAAGUCAAGGUGGCUACGCUAGGGAAAAGCGCCUUCCAAAGAUUACUGGGGCCCGUCGAAGGUAUCAUGAGGAGGACUAAGUACGUGGGUAUCAAGUCGGGAGUAGAAGAUGUAGACCCGCUCCGACGCCAUUGAUUAAAUAUGCUUCUAGGUUGUACAGUUUUUGUGGAUUAGAAAAACGAUAUUCCAGGGUCGGAGGCAGUUUAGAGGACGGAUAAGGAGGGAAGGGGGGUUUAUUCAUCGUCAUGGAGGCGUUGCGGAAUUACCCUCGUUUCCCGUACAUCGACUAGGGGGGUUUUUUUUAUUACUUGAUUGACUGUUACUGAAGCAGAAGCAUUGUUAUUACCAAGUCUAGAGCUGCUUUAUAAAUUAUUUGUUUUCCUGUUCAAAUCCCUUAGGAUUGUCGUGAGUGGCCCCUCCCCGUUUCGCGAGGUCUCCGGGGGCUAGACGAAAUCUAUCGGCUACUCGCCGGCCAAGCCAGAAGCGUUUCGAAUCGUCUUGUAUGCGCGCGACAGAGGGCGUAACUACCGAUCAGUUAACCGGCUAGCCCGCUUGCUCUAUCUAAGUCUCAUUACCGGCUUUCCCAAUUCUCUUACUCUUCGACUCUCGGGCUCCCCCCGCCAGGGCAAACUAGGAAGCGGUGACCGCGCGGCCGUCGUCGUCGUCGUCGGCGGCGGCGGCGGCGGCGGCGGCGGCGCGCUGGCGGUCACGGACCUGGCGGCGGAGGUCUUCG